AACUAUACUUGUACGUAGAAAAAGCAAACGCGUUGAAAAACCGUCCCCCGAUUCUCUUGUCAUUUUCCAAACUGCCCCUCUGAAUUCCAUUCUUCUCUCCGGUAGGUCUCUGCCUCUCUCUCUCUCUCUGAGUCGUUAAGGUCAUGUUCGGAGGGAACGAUCUCUGUAAUGGUGCCUUUGCCUGUGUGGGCGACAAUAGUUCUCGGGGUAAGCUCACUCUGCACAGUUCUGACCGAAGCAGGGAGAACACAGAUGAGAAAAUGAGUUUUUCUGAGAAGGAUAUGGGUUUUCCUAGAGAAUCAGACAUGGGUUCCGAUGGUUUCCGAUCAAAACACUCCAGACCCGGGACCUCAGGCUCCCAGGAGCUCACUCUCAGCUACCUCUGCGAGAAUUCCAAACUGGGUCUUCCCGGGAAGGAGAUUACGGGGAAAAGCUUGGUCAAUACAUUCGAGAAAAUUGCACUGAAAGGCAGAGAAAUCUCCGUGUCCGAGAAUUCAAAUCAAGAUGAGAAAUGGGUAGAGAGGGAUUUCCUGAAUUUGAACGAAACCAGAGGGAAUUCUUCGAAACGACAGGUCGAGGACGAUGUCGAGAGGAAAAAUAUUGCAGAUAAGAAGCCAAAGCUUGAGACUCUGAAUCUGUCUCUAGCUUUGCCUGAUGUGUCACGCUCUGUCACUGCUCCAAACCCUUCACAAAAUGCCAAUCCUCCGGCUUGGCCAAAGUCUACUAGGAGUGCGCAAUCUUUGGCACCGUCAGGUAAUAAUCCCCAAACAACUUGUUCCAAUGAUUUCACGGCACCUUCGAUGUCCUACUCGUAUUCCCACCCCCAUUCCCACAACCCCAGUUGCUCGCUCACCCGUAAUUCGACUGAGAAUUACGAGUAUUCUGUCGGGAGAGAUGACCAAAUUUGGAACUGUGGGGAGGGAACUAAUGGCUCGGUUCAUAGUCGGUUUAAGCCCAUUGGCGAUGGGGCAGUGACGCUGUCGAAUCACGGUGGAGGUCUUUUUUCGAUGCUCCAGGGAAAUCAGAGCAAUCGCUAUAAGGAUUCGUGUAAUAAUAGUCAUUAUAAGACUACUACGAGCUCCGGUAACCAUUCAUCUUAUCCGUCUGAGCUCCCAGCUAGGCCAAGGUUUGAUACGCAGUCUGGGGAUUCAAGGGGACGGGGUUCGGAGAGUUUGUGGAAUUUUGGAGGUGUAGAUGGUGAUGGGAGAGGCAGGAGGGUUCCUAGAUUGGAGAGGAUUAUUCGUGACAUCAUAACGGAUCCUAUUCCUACUAUGUCUCAGGCAAUUCAGGAGUUUCCCGAUGAUACCGUUGCAUUGGUCAAGGAUUACUUGAAGAAUAUCAUUGCAUUGCCUGAGAAGAAAGAGGAUUUAGUUGGACUACAAAGCUGUCUUGAACGAAGAUCUGAUCUUACCAAGGAGACUUUGUCCAAGUGUCACAAGGUACAAUUAGAGAUUUUUGUUGCUGUGAAAAUGGGACUUGGAAGCUACUUAUCUGGGGAGAUUUCCCUGCCAACAACUCAGCUGGUAGAGAUUUUUUUGUACACGAGAUGUAGAAAUGUGAACUGCCGGAGCACCCUUCCUGUUGAUGAUUGUGACUGCAAGAUUUGCUCGGGAAACAAGGGGUUUUGCAGUCAGUGCAUGUGUCCCAUCUGUUUGAAAUUUGACGGCGCAACCAACACUUGCAGUUGGGUUGGUUGUGAUGUUUGCUCGCAUUGGUGCCAUGCUGCUUGUGGCAGUCAGAAGAAUCUGAUUAAGCCUGGUCCCAGCUUGAAGGGGCCUUCAGGGACAACUGAGAUGCAGUUUCAUUGCGUUGGGUGUGGUCAUGCUUCGCAAAUGUUCGGUUUCGUGAAGGAUGUGUUUUUGAACUUUGCAAAAGAUUGGGGCUUGGAAACCCUGAAGAAGGAACUUGACCGUGUAAGAAAUAUUUUCAGGGGAAGUGAAGAUUACAAAGGUAAAGAAUUGCAUAUUAAAGCUGAUGAGAUGUUUUCCAAGCUUGAACGCAAGAUAAUCUCUCCUUUGGAUGCCUGCAACAUCAUUAUUCAGUUCUUCAAAUGUGGCAUGCCAGACUUUCCUGCUUCAGACAUUUCAGGAGAUCUGGUGGCAACUCCGGCUAUCCUUAGGAAAGAAGCGACGCCUCUUUCACAAUCCGCUUCGCUACCUCCAAUAUUUAAUUCAUACAACAUGAGCUCUUCUGGUAUUCGUAAUGAUUUACUGUCAAAUGAUCUACGUGAGAGUGACCUCAAGCCUUCCAUCAUAAGUGAAUUGGCUACAGAGGAUGAUUUCCGAUUUGGAGCAGUGCCAAAUAUAGAUGGGUUUGAAAGUUUGGAAAGUUUAGUGCGGAUCAAGGAAGCAGAAGCCAGGAUGUUCCAGAACAAGUCAGAUGAAGCACGGAGAGAGGCUGAAGGUUUCCGACGGAUGAUUUUGACCAAGACUGAAAAGUUGGACGAAGAGUACUCUGGAAAGCUUUCCAAACUAUGUUUGCUAGAGACUGAGGAAAGGAGAAGGAAGAAACAGGACGAGCUGAAGGUUCUGGAAAAUUCGCAUUGUGAUUAUUACAAUAUGAAAAUAAGAAUGCAAGCUGACAUUGACGGGUUGCUAGAGAGAAUGGAGGCAACGAAGCAGCAAUGGGUGUGAUUUCUUCCUCCUUCCUGACAAUGAGACUAAUAAUGUGUAGUUUCAUCACGUUACCAUCUUGCAUUCUGCCUGUUUUUUAAAUUCAAUAUGAACCAUCAUUUCUUCUUGUGAAAUUUUUGAACUGGUUUUUCUCUUCUUCCUCCCAUUUCCCCGGUGACUUGACAGAUAAUGGGUGCCAAAACAAUGUUCAUUACUAAACUUUAUUGGAUUUUCUUUUGUCUUC